UAGUUAGUAUGCAUUAACUCCCCCUCCAAACUAUAUCUCCUAUGUGACAGUGCUAUCAUAAUUCUAUCUGUAAAAGGACAACACAAAAUGAUACCAGGAACAGUCCAUUACAAUUGAUUUGGAAAAGAAAACAAGUCAGCCAUUUCAGCAAAGCUGUGUUUGCAAGGGUCACAUUUCCUGGAGUGAAAGCUUCUUGUUACAUAUGAGCCAGAUGGCUUCAGCAGGGCUGCUUGUCUGAUAUCAGUCAUUCCUAACUGAAACUGCAAGACUAACUGAAACACUCACUAAGGAAUUAGAAGGUCAUAAAGACGAUGCAAAGGGACUUUUGACUGAAAGUGUCUUUGUGAAGUACCAGAUGUCAUGACAGACCUUUGGUUGAUUUCUGUCCCUUUGGACAAGACCACAUCAGCUAGUGUAGAGAAACUCAAGCAUACCAUCACCAAAACCCAGGUGGCCUCGUACUGGAACUUUUCCAUUCCAGAUCUCAAGGUGGGAGUCCUUGACAGUCUGCUAAGUGUGUCUGACAAUCUCUCCAACCUUGAUAUUCUGACUGAAAGUGUGAUCAAACAAACAUGCCAGUGUAUGAAUAAAGUGAUGGAGCCAACAGAAGAAGUUGUCCGUCAAAACAUCUUAGUCAAUGGAGGGCCCAGCAUAAAUCAGAGUAACGCCCCAGCACAGCUAAAAGCUUACUUCACAUCUCUCAGAGUUAACCUGAUGGAGUAUGUGGCCAAGUUUCAGUGGGACAAGGCCAAGUACUCAACUGCUUUGCCUCUCUCCAGCCUGGUAGAGAUUAUUGGCAAGGUAUACACAAUAUAACAAAUAGGUGGGCAAAGACAUGUCCACCUAUUAUGACUUUGACAAAUCUGUUUUAAUUUCAUCAGCCUUUAUUGAUUCACGCAGGAUAGAUUUAGCGCAACAUUACUAUUAAAACUGUGGCCUGGUAAAAGGUAAGAUCUUUUGAGAAAUGAAGGAAGGAGGUUACAAGAACAAGAAAGGAAGUAAAUAUAAUAAUAAAGAACACAAUCUAAAAAUAAAGGACACCCUAAAAUGUAUCACACUGUGGGAUAAUGUGAUUUAUCUUUAAACUGGUCAUUAAGAUGGGUUUUUUGGAACUACUAUAGAUAAUUAAAAGGUGCACAGCGUUACCCCACUUAUUUCUUUAGUCACAGUUUCACGUAUUUGCAGAUUUUUUUUAAGUCACGUGACUCUUCCGGUUCGUCAC